GUUGCUGUGUGGGUCCUGGCCCUGAUAGGCAGUAUCCCACAGUUUGUGUACGCCCAGGAGAUUAAGGCAGGUGACGAGAAGAGAGAGUGUAGGAUGGAGUACACUGUAGACAGUGCCUGGCCUGUCUCUGCUUUUCGCUUCCUCAUUGGAUUCAUUAUUCCUUUCCUGGUUAUUCUAGUUUGUCACUUGGUGGUUUUCAGCAACACACAGAGGAGAAUGACACGAGGUCGGACUGGAUCCAAGAAAACCCUGGGGGUCGUCAUCGCUAUGGUGCUGAGCUUCUUCUUGUGCUGGAUACCUCUGCACAUCGUGGAUUUCCUUAUAAUGACCACCCCUCAGGGUUCUUAUGUGAGUCCCAAACUUCACCUGGCACACGUUAUAGCGCUCUUCCUGGCUUACAUCAACAGCUGCCUCAACCCUCUGCUCUAUGUGUGUCUGGGUCAAAGUUUCAAAGACAGUAUGAACCGCUCCCUGCGUAAUAUCCUCCACUUCAUCAGCGAGAACAUGACCACCAAGAUCAGCAUCACCCAUAUGGACAGUAAGAGCACCGGUAAUGGCAAGGAGAUGACAAAAAUGUGAUCGUGUACUGACUCUAAUACACAUACAGGACUGCUGUAAUAUACCAAUUUCCAUCACAGCUUAAGUUUUGCAAGUAAAAUAUAUAUAAAUAAAUUUAAAAAAAAUUCUAGAUAUAAAUAAGUCAAUUCCGCUGACCUUACCUUGGAUAU